GGUUAAGUUUGUCUUGAUUUAUUGAAUAAAAAUAUAAAAUAGGAAAAAAAAAUCUAAUCACAACAUCACUAACGUGACAAAGACACUGCAGCCAGUGAAUAAAAAUCUUACUGGAUAAGUACAUGUUUGGAGAACCAAAAUUUUUAAGGUUCAGAGUAUAUUUUAAUGUUUACUUCCAAAUAGCCAACACCAUUUUUAUGAAAGCCAUCAAACUAGCUAGUUAAACGUCAUUUAGUUUGACUUAUAUAUAUAUAUAUAUAUAUAUAUAUAUAUAUUAUCGUGCCGUACUUGAUCAGUUGAUCAUUUGCCUCACCAACAACCAAAGCCUCUUACAAGCUAAGGUUGAUCUGCACAUUAAGGCCCUUAUCAGAUUAAUUUCUAUCAUGGCUCUUCCUCUUCUUCCACCUCUUUCUUCAAUCAUCAACACCCUUUUCUUCUUUACACUCUUCUUCCCAAAAUAUGUUUCGAGUGAUGUUGAAGGGUACUCAGCAUGUGAACCUUUUAGCUGUGGUGAAAUCGACAUUCGCUACCCAUUUUGGAGUAGUGAUCACCAACAAAGUUAUUGUGGGCAUCCAAAGUUCAAGCUUGAUUGCCAACAAGACAACGUGACAAUUGACAUGAUGUCGCAGAGAUUCCAUGUUAUUGAUAUUGAUCAAACAUCUAAGGUUUUGAAGAUGGCAAGGUUGGAUUUAUGGGAUGACCCUUGUACUGAUGAGUAUAGCAAUGUCAAGUUGGAUUCUGAUUUCUUCAACUACAAUUCCAAUGAUGAUGACUAUACUUUGUUAUAUGAUUGUGGUCCUCCUGUUACAUAUACGUCUAGUGUGAAUAUUAAAGGAACAAUAUCAUUUAGUUGCCCCAUAGAUGGUGGUUUUCGAGAUGCAUUCUUUGUGUCAAGUACUGAUGUGGGUAAUUUGAAGGAUCUGGGGUGCAAGCAUAGCAUCAAUGUUUCUGUUCUAAGAGAGGCUGUGAAGGAUGCUUUGCAAGUGGAAAAUGUUUUAGAAAAAGGAUUUGAGGUAGGGUGGAUUGGUGUGGAUGAAGGACAAUGUGAUGGUUGCAUAAAAUCUGGUGGGAGAUGUGGACACAACGUAUCUAAGGAUGCAUUUACGUGCCUCUGUCCUAAUCAGCAAUCUUAUGAUGAGGUUUGUAGCAAAAGCCAAACAAGUUCUCCCUUAGCAGCACCAACGCCUAAACCAACACCAGAACAGGCACUGUCACCCCCUUUUGGUCCAAAAUUUCAAGAAAAGUCUCCACAUGCUCCGAAUCCGCGGAAGUUGAGACUCAUUAUAGGUCUUGCAAGUGCACUAAUGGGAGGAUUCAUGAUAUGCAUCAUAAUUUGCUGUACUAAAUCUAAGUCAUCCACACAAGUAAAAUUCUCGUUUACGAUAAAGAAUGGCCAAGAUAUAGAAUCAUUCUUAAAAAACCAUGGAGCUCUAUCACAGAAGAGAUACAAAUUUUCAGAAGUUAAGAAAAUGACCAACUCCUUCAAAGUUAAACUAGGUGAAGGUGGUUUUGGUGCAGUAUACAAAGGAGAGCUACUCAGUGGUGUUCCUGUGGCCGUAAAGAUAUUGAAUGAAUCCAAAGGAAAUGGUGAAGACUUCAUCAAUGAGGUUGCUAGCAUCAUUAGAACUUCUCAUGUCAAUGUUGUCACACUUGUUGGAUUCUGUUUGGAAGGACGCAAGAAAGCUCUCAUUUAUGAGUUUAUGCCCAAUGGUUCCCUUGACAAGUUUGUAUACAAAAAGGGUCUCGAAACCACUUCAUCCUUGAGUUGGGAUAAUUUCUGGCAAAUUGCCAUAGGUAUAGCCCGAGGACUAGAGUACUUGCAUAGGGGUUGCAACACUCGAAUUUUACAUUUUGACAUAAAGCCACAUAACAUUCUUUUGGAUGAGAAUUUCUGCCCUAAGAUAUCAGAUUUUGGGCUUGCAAAGCUUUGUCCUAGGAAAGAGAGCAUUAUUUCCAUGUCAGACCCUAGAGGAACAAUAGGAUAUGUAGCUCCAGAAGUAUGGAAUAGAAAUUUUGGCGGAGUUUCACACAAAUCUGAUGUUUACAGCUACGGAAUGAUGCUACUAGAAAUGGUGGGAGGGAGAAAGAAUAUUAAUGCGGAAGCAAGUCACACAAGUGAGAUAUACUUCCCACAUUGGAUCUACAACAGGCUAGAGCAGGGUGGAGAUUUGAGACCUAAUGAGGUGAUGGCAACGGAAGAAAAUGAGAUAGUAAAGAGAAUGACUGUAGUGGGCUUAUGGUGCGUUCAAACCUUUCCAAAGGAUAGACCUACUAUGACUAGAGUAGUAGAUAUGCUAGAAGGCAAAAUGAAUUCCCUGGAAAUCCCCCCAAAACCUGUUCUUUCUUCUCCCACUAGGUCAGUGUCAGAAUCUCCCACAAGAUGAACUAUUUUUUUUUUUUUUGUAAUUUGGGUAGAUAAUAGAUAUUUCAGGUUAUAUACUUUGUAAAAUGAAUUGUUUAACAUAAUUAGACUGUACUUUUAAAAUCAAGUGGAUUUCAUAAUUCUGUCAACAUAACAUGUGACUCCCUCUCAUUCCUGAAA